AACUUAUAUUAAAUCUAAGUUUUAAUAUUAUAUCAAUCAUUUAACUUAUUAUUUUUUUUAUAGUUAAUAGUAUAGUUUGUAUAGUUAAUUGAUUGUUAUAUAUAUAUAGAGUUAGACUAAUUGAACAACAAUUAAUUUACUAUUAAAUACAAUAAAUUAAUAGACAUUAACAACAAUAAUAACAACAAUUAUGUCUAAAUUUAUAAUAUUUAGUAUUAUAACUAUUCUAACAUUGUUUGUUAUCAACGGUGAAAGUCUGGAUGGAUCUGGAAAUUUGAAUAAUAAUAAUAAUAAUAAUUAUAAUAAUAAUAAUAUCGUUAGUUUUAAUAAUAACGCUAAUCCUAUUCCUAAUAAUAUCGGUAAUCCUAAUCCUAAUAAUAACGUUAAUAAUAACAAUUACGAUGAAUCCGAUGAUAAUAUUAGAGACUUGGAGGUAGAGUUGGCCAACAAAUUCAAAAGAGUAGUCAAACUGUUGUCGGAAAUCCUUAAACUUAAUGGACAACAACAACAACAACAACAAAAUGGCGUCAAUAAAGAUAAAAAACUAAAAUUAGCUCUAGUAAGUGGUCUACUUGGUGGUGGUGGCGGUGGUGGAGGUCUACUUAGUGGUGUACUUGGUGGUGGUGGUGGAGGUGGCAAAGGCGGUAGUAAACUACCGGUUGUCGGCGGUGUAGUCGAUACACUGGUCGACAAUGUUGUCGUACCGGUUGGCAAUGUACUGAACGGUGUCGCCAGAACUCUGGGCAAUUCAGAUGCUGGUAAACCAGCUCAAGUCAACGGUAGUUAUCCACCUAAUGCUUACGGUUAUCCUCCUUAUGCUGGCGGUUAUCCACCCAAUGCUGCUGGUUAUCCACCUAAUGCUGGUGGCUAUGGUUAUCCUCCAUAUGGUGCCGGUUAUCCACCCAAUGUUGGCGGUUAUCCACCUAAUGCUGGUGCCGGUGGUUAUCCUCCAUAUGGUGGCGGUUAUCCACCCAAUGCUGGCGGUUAUCCACCAAAUGCUGGUGCCGGUGGUUAUCCUGGUCCUUAUAAUACAGACAAUAAAAAAAUUAUGUCUAAGUUUAGAAUUUUUAGUUUUCUAACUAUUGUUCUAACAUUGUUUGUUAUUACAAUCAAUUGUAACGAUUCAAGUCUAGAUAAUUCUAACUAUCAUAGAGUUUAUUAUAAUAAUAACAACAAUUACGAUGAAUCCGAUGAUAAUAUUAGAGAUUUGGAGGUAGAGUUGGCCAACAAAUUCAAAAAAGUAGUCAAACUGUUGUCGGAAAUCCUUAAACUUAAUGGACAACAACAACAAAAUGGCGGCAAUAAAGAUAAAAAACUUAAAUUUGGUCUAUUAAGUGGUCUACUUGGUGGCGGUGGUGGUGAUAAUGGUGGCCGACGCGGUAGUAGACUGCCGAUUGUCGGCGGUGUAGUCGAUACACUGGUCGACAAUGUUGUCGUACCGGUUGGCAAUAUACUGAACGGUGUCGCCAGAACUCUGGGCAAUUCAGAUGCUGGUCGACCGGCUCAAGAUUAUCCAUCUAAUGCUUACGGUUAUCCUCCUUACGGUGGCGGUUAUCCACCUAAUGGCGGCGCUGGUUACCCACCUAAUGGUGGCGGUUAUCCUCCUAAUUAUGGCGGUUAUCCACCCAAUGCUGGCGGUUAUCCACCCAAUGCUGGCGGUUAUCCACCCAAUGCUGGCGGUUAUCCACCCAAUGCUGGCGGUUAUCCACCCAAUGCUGGCGGUUAUCCACCAAAUGGCGGUUAUCCACCCAAUGCUGGCGGUUAUCCACCCAAUGCUGGCGGUUAUCCACCCAAUGCUGGCGGUUAUCCACCCAAUGCUGGCGGUUAUCCUCCAAAUUCUGGCGGUUAUCCUCCUAGUGCUGGUGCUCCUGCAACUCCUGGUGCUCCUCCCAGACCUCCUGGUGCUCCUGCAACUCCAGGUGCUCCUGCAACUCCAGGUGCUCCUGCAACUCCUGGUGCUCCUCCCAGACCUUCUGGUGCUCCUGCAUCUCCUGGUGCUCCUCCCAAACCUCCUGGUGCUCCUGCAACUCCUGGUGCUCCUCCCAAACCUCCUGGUGCUCCUGCAACUCCUGGCGCUCCUCCUAAACCUCCAGGUGCUCCUAGCAGUCCUGCUACUCCUGCCAAACCUCCUGGUGCUGGUGGCAAAGCUACCAAAUGAGCCAAUGAUAGUACAAAUAACUAAAUUUUUAGACAAAA